GAACACAAACAUGUCUGCCAGUUGUUUAGCUUUAUGAGUACUAAAGUUUGGACGCCGAAUUUGCGAAAGCUUUUUCAUUUUUGCAUGAAUUUGAGUUCUGGUAUUCUGGAGAAGUUUUCAAUGUGGGUAUACGCGACAAUGGAUUGUUUAAAGGGGAUUUACAAUAGUAUAGGAAUUCGAUUUUUUAUGAUGGCUCUCAUAAAGAUUUGGACCCUUAUUAUGUACGUUUUGCGACGAAACUUAAAGAAGGUUAUUCAACACAAGACUGUUAAAUAUCAAUUGCUUCCUCUGUCACCCAUAUCAGUUGAAAGAUUGAGACUAGUGAAAAGGAAGACGUUAGUGCUUGACCUUGAUGAAACUCUCAUUCAUUCACAUCAUGAUGGUGUUGUAAGACAGACUGUGAGACCAGGUACACCUCCAGAUUUUGUACUGCGGGUUACAAUAGACCAUCAUCCUAUCAGAUUUUUUGUUCACAAGAGACCACAUGUGGACUUUUUCCUUGAAUGUGUGAGUCAAUGGUAUGAUCUUGUGAUUUUUACAGCUAGUAUGGAGAUCUAUGGUGCUGCAGUUGCAGAUAACCUGGAUAAGAACAGAGGAGUGCUAAAUAGAAGAUAUUUCCGACAGCACUGUACAUUAGAUUGUGGUAGUUAUACCAAAGAUUUAUCAAUGGUCAAUGAAGACCUCUCCUCAGUUUUUAUUUUGGACAACUCACCUGGUGCUUAUCGAUACAACCCAGAGAAUGCCAUUCCUAUCAAAUCAUGGUUUGCAGAUCCUUCAGAUACAGCGUUAUUAAACCUAUUGCCUAUGUUGGAUGCACUAAGAUUUGUGUCCGAUGUAAGGUCCAUACUUAGUCGGAAUCUACAUCUUCACUCGCUGUGGUAAACCUGCAUUGGGCUUUAGCUGUGUGACUGCAGUGCAGCGUAUUUAGUAUAGCUAACCAUGCAUAAGGCUGUUGGCCAAGAAAUUGCCGGUAGAAGGAAACAUUUUGAGAAAUAGUUUAUAACUUCAAAGGUUGUGUAAUGCACAGAGUCACAGCGAUGUUUUUAUUUGAUAAAUCUAUACAUAAUGCAGACCUGCUAUCUUGUCUUUCAAACAACAUGCAAACUCUGAUUUUCAAAGCCUAGGAAACUGUUUUAUUCGCCGUUAAUCAGUCAUAACAGACAUCUAAAAUCACGAGGAAAAAUGUAGAUAAAAAUAUGCAUAUCCAUAUUUAAAAUGAGUCUUUGAACCUGCGCUUUUGGCCGUGUGGUUACUUUUACUUUGAGUUCUCAUUGGCUCUUAAUGGUAUUUUGUUUUGGUUAACUUUGCAGCUUUGCAAUACUUAUCAAAAAUCGCUCUUCUCUAAACAAUAACGUAAGGUAGGGCGUCAGUUUAAGUGACACGGAUGCAACGUCUGAGCUACAUCUCUCCAUCAUAUUAGCCUAGGUGGACACGUGUACGAUUGCUGUUGUAUCUCCCUCCUAACUGGCGCUAGAAACUCCCAUAUAUGGCGUGCAUAAUGAACCCCUUUUGAGAAUAACCAAAUGCUGUCAUAAUUGUUGGUGUGGCAUGGUUAUGUCUCGCAGUUUUGGUUGUCCUCGUUCAUAAAAUGCCCAAAUCCUGACGGUAAAAAGAAAAUUCUAAGUUUCCAAUCAUUUAGGAGCUGGUGAUAGGCUAUGAUAUCUCCAAGUAACAGUUGAAACCAUAUCUGGGUUGCUAAGAUAACUAACUCAACAUAAACUGUGACUCUCAAGAAAAUGUAAGCACUUUAAAGUAGUUUGCCCUUAAGAGAGCUGAAUUAAGAGGCUCUGAAAACAAGAGCCUUUCUGAGGCUUUCUCUGUCACUCCAAGGCUGGUUUUUCGGAUCGCCUCUCAGUUCAUACCUCUUCUUCGUGGACAUUUACAAAGAAGAGAAAGAAAGACAUUUUGUUUUCUGUUUUUUUACUUUACUAAAGGAGUAGACUGUGACUUACUGUGUGUUUUUCCUGAAAGAUUUCACUUGCUCACAGUGGUAGCCUUAAGGUACUGUUUUCCUGGCGACUGCAUUUUGUGAACGCUCGGUGAACUCUGUGCAUUUCUGCCUUGUGUACAAAUUGUUUUUUACGUGUCUCAUGUUUGUACAUAAACGUUAGUUUAUAAUUAUUAAAUAUUGUUCUUACAAGUAAGACCUGUAUUGGGAUUAAGAAGAAAGUAAAAGAAUAAAUGUGGUGGAUGCAA